UUACCAACAAACAAAAGCGUUUUUCAAUAUUUAAAAUCUAUCUUGGAGAGUCAUGAAUAAGUUUGGUAUAUGCUGCAUACAGUUUUGGCUCACCCUGAGCAUUGCACUGGCCAAAUCGACACCCCUGGCGCUAAAUACGAAUAAACUUGGCAAACUGGGGCCGCCAAGAACCACACAGGCGCUACCCAGGACCACAAAGUCUCUGCCAGUACCGACAACAGUCUCACCAGAUGUGGCUGGCAUGCCGCUGACUGCAGCGAUGAACAAUGCCACAGGGAAUGCCACUGCUUGGAGCAACAACACCAGCGUGUACGAUCACAAGCAUAAAAUUUUGUUGGUUGUGCUAUCGGAUGUGAAUGUACGGGAAAUAAAGGAUCCACAGCAAGCCACCCUGACACCGAAUCGCAAUAAUGCAGAGAGGAAAAUAAUUAACGAGACGACACUGAUACUAGACGAAACGAAAUUGAAGGAGCUUCUUAAGUCACUACAACCUGCAACCAGCAAGUGUGUAAAUGUUCAGCCCCGUUUUGUGCCACCAACAUUUCCUUGGAUUAUACGAAAGGAGCCACGUAAGCCCAUUACUUAUAUUGAGCCGUUUAUAUGCGAGGACACGGAUGAGGUUGAGACAGUUUUAAGGGAUCAAAGUAAGAGCAGAAAUCCGCUAAACCCAGUCAAAACUAAUAUUGCAAGUAAACGCUUGAGAAUUUCGAAAAAUAAGCGAAAGGGGCAAAAUUCUAGACGCACCGAUUACGUGAUGCUACCAGCUCAGGAUGCACAUUCGAGGCAGCCGUUGAAUAAUUUUCAGGGCGUCAUCUAUGCACCUUUAACAGGUGCGAGUGAUCACGGUAAUACGUGGGAAGAUUAUAGUUCUGAAGAGCGCUAAUAACUGUAUAAAUAAAUUAUUCAUCA